ACCAAAAUGGAUACAUGGAUGAUACAGCAGAAGAUUGUGAGAAUGUCAUGUGGUCAGAUGAAACCAAAAUAGAACUUUUUGGUAUAAACUCAACUGGUGGUGUUUGGAGGAAGAAGAACACUGAGUUGCAUCCCAAGAACACCAUACCUACUGUGAAGCAUGGGGGUGGAAACAUCCUGCUUUGGGGCUGUUUUUCUGCUAAGGGGACAGGACGAUUGAUCCGUGUUAAGGAAAAAAUGAAUGGGGCCAUGUAUCCUGAGAUUUGGAGCCAAAACCUCCUUCUAUCAGUGAGAGCUUUGAAUGGUUGACCAAAUACUUAUUUUCCACCAAAAUUUGCAAAAUAAUUCUUUAAAAUUCCUGAAUUUUUUUUCCCAUUCUGUCUCUCACAGUUGAAGUGUACCUAUGAUGAAAAUGACACACCUCUGUCAUCAUUUGAAGUGGGAGAACUUGCACAAUCGCUGGCUGACUAAAUACUUUUUUGCCCCACUGUGUGUGUGUGUAUGUAUUUAUGUGUGUGUAUAUAUAUAUAUAUAUAUAUACACACAAGGCAUGAAAUUGGCACCCGCCCACACGCCAAAUGCGGGUGACAUUUUUGACUGGUGGAUAAAACUGUCAAUCUACCUUCACGUUGGCGGGUAGCCAAUAAGACAACACAACACUGAACAAGUUGUUGACCAAUCAGGUCGCCCAUGUGUCUUGUGUGUUCUAAGCAAGCCCCGCUUGGAUUUUAAAACCAAAAUGGGGCAGUAUAUUGCUGACGUGAAGAGGCCGGCUCCUGCUUUAAGUGGAAAGUAAGCGGGGAUGGCGAGGUUUGCGACUGGCUGGUCUACGACGUCACAACAGAAGAGAUGUACUGUCAGGAUUGCUGUAUGUAUGGCUCGGAGAAAGCCAAAUCAAACCCAUUUGUAUUAGGGACAAAACACUUAAAGCCAGAGGCAAUUAAGGACCAUGAGUCCUCAAAAAGCCACUUGCAAACGAUCAACUGUAAAGUGGGGAAGACUGCUCCCCCCCAGAGCUGACAGAUGCGGUCAAGGCGCUGACCUCAAUGAAAACAGCACACUUGGAGAGGAUGAAGCUCCUGUUUCGGAACGAACACGCAAUUGGAAAGAAGAUGAGACCCUUCUCUGACUAUCUGUGGAUUUGCGAGGUGGAUGAACAGAAAGGGUUAGCUGUCGGGAAAACAGACAGAACUGCAAAGCAGGCCCCAGUCUUCAUGGACUCCAUAGCAGAAGUUGAAAGGAAGAAUGUGGAAGAGGAGAUAUCUGCCUCCAAGUUUAUAUCCAUAAUGGCUGAUGGAUCCACAGACAGCAGUACCCGGACCUAUGCUGAGCAAGGUGUUGGAUUCCAACAGCUACCAGGGUGUCAGACGUAGCCAUAGCGACAGCAGCCAACUGAUGGCUAACAAAGACAAAGUUCUGGACAAGCUGUCAGAAAGCAUGGACAACAGGUUUAGUGAUGUCGGGUCAGGAAUCCUGAGCAAUACGAAGAUAGAGAGCUUCCAACAAUGGCCUAAUCCAGAAAAUAAUGCAGGCUUCUGCGAUUCAGAGGUGGAGAGGCUCAUAGAUCACUUCAGGCCAGUCUUGAUCUCUGCUGGAGUUGAUGUUGAUCUGAUCCCACACCAGUGGACCAUUGUCAAGUCCUACCUCUACAAGGAGCCAACCACCUUGGAGAGACUCACCUGGUCUGAAGCCAACCGGAAGCUGAGAAGAUCGUGCCCUGACAUCCUGGACCUUUUGGAUCUGGUGUUAUGCAAGCCAGCAUCAAUAGCGGACUGUGAGCGUGGGUUUAAUGUGAUGAAGAUGGUGAAGUCUGACCGGCGGUCUAGUCUCAAGUGUGAGACACUGUCUGACCUGCUCGUGGUCCAUCUGUCCUCCCCGUCAAUAAAAGAUUUUGACCCGAGCCCAGCGGUCCAGGUGUGGCAUGCUAGCAGCUUGAGGUCACGGAGACCAGACCUCUUGGAAGAAGCAGAGGGGAGUGUCUGCUCGUCCUCUUUUCAGGACUCAGAGCCCGCAGUCAAUGCUCUGUGACAGGCUUUUUCCAUUGUUGCUUGACCUUGACAUUACAGUGUCAUAUCCUUUUGUUUAUCUAGAUGUUAUUCAGUCAAAAUAGUUCUGAAAAGCAACAUACACUUAUGUACAAUCUUAAAAAGAGUCUUUUCAUAUAAAUGUAAUGUAUAUUGUUAAUUUGAAAUUCCAAAGAAAUUAGAAAAUGGAUAUGUAAUGACACUACAGUGGAAUGGAUUACAGUUGGGUGUUAACUUCAUAAAUGAGACCAUCAGUGAGAUGAUUGGCUGUUUGUAUUUCUGUUAUUUUCUAUUCUAAAUGCCUGCCACACCAGGCCAGAAAAGUCGUUAUGUAGGUCUACUCAUUAAUGGGAUUAAGUUGGUUAAUAUCUCGACAGCAUUUUGAUGUGUAGUCUGUACAAGUUCAAGAACCGUUCUUAUGCAUUUUCUGAGUCGUUCACCUUUAUUUUAGGCACAGAAAAUUUUGGCCGGU